ACGUAUAGAGCAGAUCACACGGCGCUUCACGCAGCUCGACACCCAGCUCCGGCAGCUCUCCCAGGGUUCCGAGGAGUAUGAGACCACUCGUGGGCAGAUUCUGCAGGAGUACAGAAAAAUAAAAAAGACCAACACCAACUACAGCCAGGAGAAGCACCGCUCUCAUCGCGAUGGAGGCUGCAGCCGAGUUCGUGGUCGAGAGCCCCGACGUGGUCUACGGCCCCGAAGCCAUCGAGGCGCAGUAUGAGUACCAGACGACGAGCGUCAGCCGCGAGGGUGGGGUCCUCAAGGUUCACCCCACGUCCACGCGCUUCACCUUCCGGACCGCCCGGCAGGUGCCCCGGCUUGGAGUCAUGCUUGUCGGCUGGGGCGGGAACAACGGCUCCACGCUCACCGCUGCUGUGCUGGCCAAUCGACUGCGUCUAUCCUGGCCCACGCGCACCGGCCGCAAGGAGGCCAACUAUUACGGCUCGCUGACGCAGGCGGGCACCGUUAGCCUGGGCUUGGACGCCGAGGGCCAGGAGGUGUUCGUCCCGCUAAGCGCGCUGCUACCCAUGGUGGCGCCAGACGACCUUGUGUUCGACGGGUGGGACAUCUCGUCGUUGAACCUGGCCGAGGCGAUGCGGCGCGCGCAGGUACUGGAUUGGGGGCUGCAGGAGCAACUGUGGCCGCACAUGGAGGUCCUGCGUCCGCGGCCCUCCGUCUAUGUCCCCGAGUUCAUCGCAGCUAACCAGAGCACGCGCGCCGACAACGUCAUCCUGGGCACGCGCGCGCAGCAGCUGGAGCAGAUACGCAAGGACAUCCGCGACUUCCGAUCCAGUGCUGGAUUGGACAAGGUCAUUGUGCUGUGGACAGCAAACACGGAGCGCUUCUGCGAAGUGGUCCCAGGCCUCAACGACACCGCUGAGAACCUGCUGCACACCAUCCAGCUGGGCCUGGAGGUGUCGCCUUCCACCCUCUUCGCCGUGGCCAGCAUCUUGGAGGGCUGCGCCUUCCUCAAUGGGUCCCCACAGAACACACUGGUGCCUGGCGCAAUCGACCUGGCAUGUCAGCGCCGUGUCUUUGUGGGUGGAGAUGACUUCAAGUCAGGCCAGACCAAGGUCAAGUCUGUGCUGGUGGACUUCCUAAUUGGCUCUGGCCUCAAGACCAUGUCCAUAGUGAGCUACAACCACCUGGGCAACAAUGAUGGGCAGAACCUGUCGGCGCCACAACAGUUCCGCUCCAAGGAGGUGUCUAAGAGCAACGUGGUGGAUGACAUGGUGCAGAGCAACCCAGUGCUCUAUGCACCCAGCGAAGAGCCCGACCACUGCGUGGUCAUCAAGUACGUGCCAUAUGUGGGCGACAGCAAGCGUGCUAUGGAUGAGUACACGUCCGAGCUGAUGCUGGGUGGCAUUAACACCCUGGUGCUGCACAACACGUGCGAGGACUCGCUUCUAGCUUCUCCCAUCAUGCUGGACCUUGUGCUGCUGACCGAGCUGUGCCAGCGUGUGAGCUUCUGCACCGAUGCCGACCCCAAGCCGCAGGGUUUUCACUCGGUGCUGUCGCUGCUUAGCUUCCUGUUCAAGGCUCCACUUGUGCCUCCUGGCAGCCCCGUAGUCAAUGCGCUCUUCCGCCAGCGUAGCUGCAUCGAAAACAUUCUCAGGGCCUGUGUGGGGCUCCCGCCCCAGAACCAUAUGCUUCUGGAGCACAAGAUGGAGCGCCCUGGCCUCAAGCAAGUCGGGCCUGUGGCCACUGCCUGCCCAGUGCCUGGCAAGAAAGAACCAGUGCCCACUGCUCCAAACGACUGCAUUGGUGAAGCCAACGAGUACUCGCAGGCUGAGGUGCCCCAGAUGCCCACCACCUGAGGCCAUGGCCAUCCUACUCCCACAUAACUCCUUCCCCCAUUCACCCCAGACCCGACCCUUUCAGCUUCCUCUAAGACAAUAAAGCCAGUGCUAGUAUCCGUCUCAC